AAGCCCCCCUCUCGAAUAAGCCCCCGUCCAAAAAUAUCAAAAAUAAAUAAGCCCCCAGGGGGCUAAUUCGAGGAUUUACGGUACUGAAGCUAGUUCUGUUUUUAAGUGGCGAAUGGCAAUUGGACGAAAACAACCACUAAUCAAAACUUCAACCUAUUUAGAGCAUUUUUUUGAAAAAUUAUAGUAGCAAAUGUCUUUGAACAGAAACCGCAAAAAGCCUCCUUGAAAUGGAUCCAUAUAUUUCGCGAUAUUGCAUCAAUUGUCGGCUGCUCAUUAUGUGCAGCCUUUCUGGUAUGUAAAAAGUCUUUCCGUACAAGAACAGUAAAAAUGUAUCAAGGGUUUACGACGCCGAGGGGAGGGACGAAAGGUCAUUUCUGAGGGAACUGCGAAGUAUUAGGCCAUACAACCCUUCUGCAUAUUUUGCUGUUAUAAUCAGGAAAAUCGAAAGAAUCCUGUCUUUUCUUGGUUGCUUCAUAAGUUGAAGCAUUUUCUUAACUUGUUAUUCCAUUUUGGGGAAACGUAGGUCUAUAUUAUUUGUAGAAAGAUUGCCCAAAUCUGAAAAAUUUCCGUUCCAAAACCGAAUCCAACGGAACGCCAUAAUUCGUUAAUCGAAUUCGUCCCAAUACUCUUUGAGCGUAAGUGUAGUUAAUUUUUAAGAGUGGUUGGUCUGUAUCAAUCGAGCUAAUUUUUUAAAAUUAGGCCCACUACAUAUAUUAUGGUUGUUACUAAAAUCCUUGUAGCACAGUAAAGAAAUUAUCAGAACAACUGCUCAUACUAAACUUAACAAAGAUGAAGCAUAAAAGCAAAGACCUACAGCAUCUGAAAUUUCAACAAUUUAUUCACCAUUUCGGACGGGGGUCUAACUUGUUUGACGUUAGUGAGAUUCUUUUGUAUCGUUACUAGGAAACAAGGAUGUUGUUGUAGCCAGUGAUCACGCGCCAUCAUUGUUAGAGUCCCUACCUAAGUCAACGGUGUAAGAAAAUCCCUUCGAACUGAGCACUCAAACAGUCUCUCCUUGCUAUUAUCGGUGUUCACUGGGUACUUUGAAAGGUAGAUCACCACAAAACCGGCGAGGUCGAUGUCAAAGUCACCUUGACCGUUGAUGGAAUUUGCAUGUUUUUCCGCAGAUGGCUUUAGGCCUAUUGCUUCCGUACGUUUGCAAAAUGGGAACUGGUUCAGUGGCAUGUCAUUGAUGAAAUAGUGCGAUUUACAGCAAAUUAAAUGGCCAGUGGGUGAAAUUUAAGGAAUAUCAUAGUUUGUAUUCCUUUGUUUCUUAUCGAAACUUAAUUUAAGUGAAAUUCAUAACAUUUGCAUUUAACUGUUUGUUAAUUGUCUUAAUCAAGUUAUUCGAUAUGUCAUGCUGAUUCCUUGAAUUUGUCGAUGUUUUGUAUAGAUAACUACGAAGUAUUGUGUAUGGUAACCAAACACACCGGAUUUCGUGGACGGCAGCCUGUUAACCAGAUAAGAUCUCCGUGGUUUGAAUUUUCAUUUAAAACCGGGCUCUCAGAUGUUGGAUUAGAUUUCUUCAUUCAAUCCACUUCUCUUACCAGCCUGCCUGUAAGUAUUCACAACUUUUUGUGCAGGGAGCGCCUAAACCAUGUUAAAAGAUGCCUGGAUUCGAUUUAGAAGCCUCACUUAUUGCAGAAGAUGAAGUGAUUACAAAAUUGAUUGAAUUAUCAAAAUCACCUCCAAAUAACGUUGAAUGUCAAGGGCAAUUAGCUUGCUCGCACUGUGGCAAAUAUAAAAGUACACUUCGAAGUUUUUCUGAGAGAGAACUGGGAAGAUGGGGAACUGAAGAUCCAGAAGGACAAUUUCUUAACCAUGCGUCUAAGAGUGCAUGUAACUGUUCCUAUGGAACAGAGAGUCGCAAAAAGCAAGAUACAAAACCAAAGAGAAAAGGACUUACAGAAACUUCAAGAAAUGAACAGAACAAUUCAAAAGAUUUCAUUGCUCAUAAUAUAAGAUUUUGCAACGCAAACAGAUAUCGAGACAGCUAUGGGAGUCAGAUAACAAACCAAUUUGUACAUUAUAAAGACACAAGCAGCUACAUUGUAAAGUAUCGUGCAAAAAAGCUAGAGCAAGUAGAACAUAGCUCUUACCAAAUUGAUCAGUCCCUUUUUAAUGAAGAACUGUGCAGAUCACUGACUAAUUCAUUGUCAAAUUUGGUAGGAAACAUAAAUUUAACCAAAGGGGAUGCAGUAGCAAGUCAAACUGACUUGACUAAGAGUUCUAAAAGUAGUGCCAGAUUGAAGGACUCUCAACUUCUGAGCAACCUGACUUCAAGUACAAGUGACAUGGACAUUUCUGAUGGUCAAAGAAAACAUAAUCUAAAAGAGAUUGAAUUUUGUUUGAAAUGUGGAGAUAAUCUGAAAGAGCAAGAUUUUCUGACCCUCUCUCGUGGCAUACCAUUAAGGGGAACCAGCCACGAGAAAAUAGAAGAGAAGAAGGUAAAGAAGCUCAUAAAAAGAAGUUCGGAUCACCGACCUCGUUUGAUAAUAGAAAAGCCUAUUUCGGAGCUAACACGCACAGAUAUCGACCAAUCCUUUACGAACGAGCUGCAGCCAUUUUGUCAGCAAAUGCCCAUCCAGAAAAACACUUUACUUGAAAAACGACCAGUUGUAAGAAAGGAUGACGGUAGAGGCCUCCACUCUCCUGCUAAGCCGAGGUACUCUGAAGGGAUUAGGAUGCAAGAAGAGAAUCGAAACAGUCGUAGAGGAACUGGAAAGUCGUUAGAUCGGGCAGAUUUCCUUACUUGCUAUCGAGAGAAGUAUCAUCUACUGAAAGAGUCGACAUAAUCGAAAUUGAUAACAACAGAGAAAUAAGCUACAUGUUAUGUUUUUCAUCUUGAACUGUUGGCAACCACAGUUAUGAAUUAAUUAUGGCUAUGAUCAGGACUUAGAAUAUUCUAAAUGUUAUUGCUACUUAGAAUAAGAUUCUUCAGACAGUUCAAAUCUCGCCAAACUACAUAUAUAUCUAGCAUUUCUCUAAAAAAGGAUCAGAUAUCGUCCUGAUAGGAAUCCUUAAAAGAAGAGAAAGGGUUGAUAGCAAAAAUUCCCUUCGUGCCGAAAACGUUUUCGAUUAAACAGGGUGAGAGUCUUCGUUGUGUUCGCACCAGGUAAAAUCCCGUCAGGCAAAUAGUCCACGAUCAGUGAGACUGGAGCACGGGGCGCGGGAGGACUGCCCCCGUUCCCUCACAAAUUUAAGCAAUUUUCUUUUCUUUGCCAUUUUAUUGCCCUUCUUUAUUGGUGCUACGCCAUUUCUGCCCUGAACCUCUUCCGUUGUCGCUGACCACGAUUUCGACACCUUAAGCAAUUUUAGGAAGUAGUCAAUUUAAAACAGAAUUUUCAAGGUACAGAUUUCAUCAUUAGUUUAGUUUAGUUUGAGUAGAAUUACUAAUGUAUUAGAUGUUACUUUCGUUUAAAAACGUUCCGUUUAAGCACUUUCGAAUAAUGCCUGUAUUAAAGAGUUGAACA